UAAAAGAAAUCUGUCUUAGCCAGCGAUAGUGUUCUGCUCAUGCCAAGCUGUGAUAGAGAGUAACAAACAUGUCGGACUUUCUAGAAGACCCGUCUGUGCUCACUAAAGAUAGACUCAAAGGUGCCCUGUUGGCCAAUAAUGUGGCUCUGCCGAACGGGGACCAGAGAAAGGACGUUUACGUGCAGCUGUACCUCAAGAAUCUGACCGCGCAAAACAAAAAGAGCACCGAGUCUCCAGAUGUCUUCUCCAGCGACGAGGAACUGCCUCCAGCCCCGGUGGUCUCCAACAAGAGCCGCUCGGGGAGGAAAGCUACGAGGAAAACAGACAAAGUUCGUCCAGAGGAAACCAAUGUCACUGAAUUGACAGACGAGGGUUUAAAAGACCUGUUGCUGAAGUACGGUCUCAAUGUUGGACCUAUUGUAGCCUCAACUCGAAAAGUCUAUGAAAAGAGGCUUCAGAAGUUGUUGGAUCAGGGACCACCAGAGGCAGCGGCCCCUCCAUCAGAGGCGUCACAGACAGAUGGCAGCCAGAAUGGCAACACGGAUUCAGACCAGUACAGUGACAAGGAAGAAGAACUUAUAGCACCAGCUCCGAUACUUGUGCUCGAGCCUGAACCAGAAGUCGAGCCAGAACCAGUCCCAGUUGUGGAGAGGCCGAUCAGGAGUAGAGGAAAAACGCCGGUGACCACCAGAACACGCAGUGCACAGCACAACAAGGAGGAUAAACCAGAGGAAGAUUGGCCAUUCUUGAACGUUAAGAGGAAGUUGAAGACGUCGUCCCGUAUGGUGGAUCAGACUGUUCCUGGUAGCGACGACACUGAGAACUCUGAAGUCUCAUCUGCAGAGUUCUUGCCUGAUACCAAGGACAGGAGGAGGACAGGACCUGUGAUGGCAGGAAAGGACACACGGCCUUUGCUCACAGACAAAACAUCAAAGCUCUCCUCGAAAGCGGGAUCUGUGAAACGGCGCAGUGCACCAGUGCGUUCAUAUCACCGUGGUCUGAACGAUGCACCUCCAGUCGACAAGGAUUUCUCCGACGUCUCUGUAGUUAAGGGGGUCUGUGUUCCUCUGGUGAGAGUAAAAGCCCACACUUUGAGUGUGCCAAAGGAACGGACACCUUCAAAGUGCUCCUCGGUUUUUGAGUUUGACUGGUCAGAAUCCCCCAAACGUCACAGCUCUACUUUCCAGUCAACUGUGUCUAAUGUACACGAGGACGCUCCCAUAGACGAGUUGGAUGAGAAUUCCUCUGACAUCACUUCCCCUCCGAUUAGACCGUCCAACCGUGAGCCGUUUGCUUCUCUGCUCAAUACUGCUUGUGUUGAGGUAGAUGACCAUGGUAUGAAGGAUAUGCUACGCUGUAAAUAUACAUGCCGUUCUCCCCUGGCUUCCUCUCAAGAAACCAAAUCUGUCACUGUACCUAAGCUCUCAAAAAACAUCCAACCUCAUUUGAGUCGGAACGAAACUUCCAAAUCCUUGAUUGAACCAAUGCGUCGUCUUUCAUCUGCCUAUGAGUGCCAGACAGAAGAUUUCCCAUCAUCCCCGCUUUCUUUUAGAGAUUCUGCAUCCCGCUUGGCUUCAGAUGACUCUCUACUCGCAGUAUCAGUUAACCUUUCCCAGGAGAGCUGUGGCUCACCAGAGACCCAGCCCAAGAAAAAGCAGUCCAAAAUCACUCCUUUCCUCUCCCCAAUCACACCUGUCAGAGGGCUUGAUAGCAUCCAUACGGAGACUAAGCAGACUGCAAUGGUGGAAAAGGUGUCCGCCAUUGAUCAGACCCCGAGGACGGUAGAGAGAGAUGUGCUCAAAGACAUAUUUCCUAAUGAAAACCUCAGCACCCCAACUGGAAUCAGCGCCACCUGUCGGCGACCAAUCAGAGGAGCAGCUGGUCGGCCCCUAGGCGACACAUGGCUUGACGAAACUCGUCUUCGUCAUACGCCGCUAAGAGAAACCAGCACAUCCUACAUUGAGACCAGGUCUGUUUCACGUGCGGCUGCGGUCCCUUUGAGCGCUUCCAGACCUGUGCCGCCCCCUGCUGUGAAGACCAGUGCACGCCGUGGUCUGCCGGUGUGGCAGCAGUUCCUGCUGUUAAGUUUGGUUGCUGGAUUCCUGUUCUUUGUGUACCAGGCCAUGGAGACUAAUGAGGUUGGACUCUUCAAGCAAAGUGGAUCAGAUAGCACCAGCAAAUGAAAGUUGUACACUUAAUAAAAAAACAACCAUCAACCAUCUCUAGAUUCUGUCAACCCUCUUGUUGACUCCGCACACAUUGCAAUUUUGGACAUUUCCUGGUCUCAUUUAUAGAUUGACAUAACAUUUCGUGGCUGUCGAGUCAUGUUCUGUACCCAUUUCCAGCCUGUUUAGAGGAGGGAGACAUGGUUUUUAAGGGACAGGAGCAUUUAUUAGGAUCUUUUUUGUUUCUUGUCUUUGCAUGUCGAGUGAGUGAGUGUGUGUCUUUUGUUUUUUUGUUUGUAUUUGAUUUUACAGAUCACUGUUGACGCUGUCCAUGAAUGGGAGAGUUGGCUAUUUACAUGCAUUUUUGUUUGUAAACAUUUAGUGUCUACUUGUUGCAUUUUUCACAUGUAGCUCUUGAAAAGUGCCGUAUUCAUAACAUUGAUGCCUCUUCUAGUAUUUAUGUAUCUGUUGAAAUACAAAUAUUUUCAAUAAACUGUAUUUGCAAUGUA